CUGGCCCGCCGCGCCCGGAGCGAGCCUCGGAAAUGCCCGCGCUGGGGGAGCGGACACCGGCCGCCCCGCGGGCCCCAGGGAGAAGCUGAAGGUCGUUGGGAAGUGAGCGCCCAGUCACCUGACCCUCGGGCGCACCUAGGUGGGGCGGGGCCCAUGCGAGGCGGGCAGCAGGGGCCGGGGCGCGGGCAGCGCGGAGCGCGCGGAGCUGGGGCGGCGGGACGCGCGGCGGGCGAGGGCGCGGCUGGACACCGCCGGCGGCCUCGCCAUGUCCCAGCCGGCCGGGAGGAUGCAUUGCCGAAAGGCGGGGAUCCGAGCCGCCGUGGUGCUCAUCGGACUCCUGCACAAAUCUCGAAAACAGAAUAAAGAGAAAAGGAAGCAGGAGCUGGCCAACAGCUCGGAUGUGACCCUCCCAGAUCGGCCACUGUCCCCUCCUCUCACUGCUCCUCCAACCAUGAAGUCUGCGGAGUUCUUCGAGAUGCUGGAAAAGAUGCAGGGAAUCAAGCUCGAAGAGCAGAGGCCAGGACCCCAGAAGAACAAGGAGGACUAUAUCCCGUACCCCAGCAUUGAAGAGGUUGUGGAGAAGGGAGGCCCAUACCCUCAGAUCAUCCUGCCUCAGUUUGGAGGCUACUGGAUUGAGGACCCAGAGAACGUGGGUACGCCAACGUCACUGGGCAGCAGCGUUUAUGAGGAGGAGGAAGAGGACAGCCUGAGCCCCAACACGUUCGGCUACAAGCUUGAGUGCAGAGGUGAAGCCAGGGCCUACCGCAGGCACUUUCUAGGCAAGGAUCAUCUAAACUUUUACUGUACUGGCAGCAGCCUGGGGAAUUUGAUCCUGUCCAUCAAAUGCGAGGAAGCUGAGGGCAUCGAGUACCUUCGGAUCAUCCUCAGGUCCAAACUGAAGACGGUGCAUGAGAGAAUCCCCUUGGCUGGAUUGAGCAAGUUGCCCAGUGUCCCUCAGAUCGCCAAGGCUUUCUGUGAUGAUGCAGUGGGGCUGAAAUUCAACCCUGUCUUGUACCCCAAGGCCUCUCAGAUGAUUGUGUCCUAUGAUGAGCAUGAUGUCAACAACACUUUCAAGUUUGGGGUUAUUUAUCAGAAAGCCAGGCAGACCCUGGAAGAGGAGCUAUUUGGGAACAAUGAGGAGAGUCCAGCUUUCAAGGAGUUUUUGGAUCUCCUGGGGGACACCAUCACACUGCAGGAUUUCAAAGGUUUCCGAGGAGGCCUGGAUGUGACCCAUGGACAGACAGGGGUGGAGUCAGUGUACACCACUUUCCGGGACCGGGAGAUCAUGUUCCAUGUCUCUACCAAGCUGCCCUUCACGGAUGGUGACACCCAGCAGCUGCAGAGAAAGCGGCAUAUUGGGAAUGACAUCGUGGCCAUCAUCUUUCAAGAAGAAAACACUCCAUUUGUCCCAGAUAUGAUCGCAUCGAACUUCUUACAUGCCUACAUUGUCGUUCAGGCUGAAAGCACAGGCACAGAGACUCCAUCCUACAAGGUAUCAGUCACUGCGAGGGAAGAUGUGCCUGCCUUUGGCCCCCCUCUGCCGAGCCCGCCUGUUUUCCAGAAGGGCACAGAAUUCCGGGAGUUUCUGCUCACCAAGCUCACGAAUGCAGAGAAUGCUUGCUGCAAGUCGGACAAGUUUGCCAAGCUGGAGGACCGGACCCGGGCUGCUCUCCUGGACAACCUUCACGAUGAGCUCCACACACAUACUCAGGUCAUGCUAGGCAUGGGCCCAGAGGAGGACAAGUUUGAGAACGGGGGCCAUGGAGGAUUCUUGGAGUCUUUUAAGAGAGCCAUCCGAGUGCGCAGCCAUUCCAUGGAGACCAUGGUGGGUAGCCAGAGGAAGCUGCAUGGUGGGAACAUUCCUGGCAGCCUCAGCGGAGGUAUUGUCCACAACAGCAUGGAGGUCACCAAGACCACCUUCUCGCCUCCAGUGGCCGCAGCAACCGUGAAGAACCAGUCACGGAGCCCCAUCAAGCGGCGGUCGGGACUCUUCCCCCGCCUGCACUCAGGCUCUGAAGGCCAGGGGGACAGCCGGACACGAUGUGACAGUGCCUCCAGCACCCCCAAAACCCCAGAUGGCGGACACUCUUCUCAGGAGAUAAAGUCGGAGACCUCGUCAAAUCCCAGCUCUCCAGAAAUCUGUCCCAACAAAGAGAAGCCCUUCAUCAAGUUGAAGGAGAAUGGCCGUGCCAACAUCUCCCGCUCCUCCUCCAGCACCAGCAGCUUCAGCAGCACAGCAGGGGAGGGCGAGGCCAUGGAGGAGUGUGACAGUGGGAGCAGCCAGCCGUCCACAACCUCGCCCUUCAAGCAGGAGGUGUUUGUCUACAGCCCGUCCCCCAGCAGCGAGAGCCCCAGCCUGGGGGCCGCUGCCACGCCCAUCAUCAUGAGCCGGAGUCCCACAGAUGCCAAAAGCAGAAACUCCCCGAGGUCAAACCUGAAAUUCCGCUUUGAUAAACUCAGCCAUGCUAGCUCCAGUGCGGGUCACUAAUGUGAAAGUGAAGACCUUCCCUUGUCCAAGGGAAGUGUGGACUUUGGUCUACAGAAGGCUCCUAAUUCCAGCAGCUUGGGGGUGCCGACUACUACUCUGACUGUGUAGGCCUGCUGUCUCACUGGCCGCCUGCCCAGCAGACCAGCUGUCUGUCUCACGUCCUGACCUGGCCAUGACCUUGCCGGAUCCUUCUCCAGACCUGAAAGCCCCAGCCUGUACUUCUGACCUCCCGAUGUGACCGGCUCUCUGAGUCAACUAUCAUGUUUUACAUGCAGGAAAAGAUUUGGGCAAGGGGGACUCUGAGUCCCAGGGGGCUCAGGGAGAAGUUAGGGAGCUCGUCUGCCCCAGAGACAGAAGGGGGUUGUGUGGUGGGGAGCAGAGGUAACUGUAGAUGGUGGGUGGGUACUGUCUGUCUUGGGUCACAGUACAGUGCCUUCCUGGGCAUGGUGGAAAGGCUGCUCUUCCAGGAAUAUCCCAGCAUCCUCCAGGUUGAAUGCCUUUGCAUUUCUGACACAUCUGCUGGCCCAGGCCUAGGGAGCUCUGUCCCUGCUGCCAGGGUCCUCUCAGGAGGCUCAGGAUGCUGGAAGCUCCAAGUCAGAGCUAGGUGUUCCAGGACCCGGGUGCAUGCUCCCUUGACUGUAGUCUCAAGGUUUUUCCUUUCUAACUCUAUUCAAGCUGCUGAUCAUCUUUGUGGUUGGAGAAGCCCUGGUAGUGGGCAGCCAGGAGUCUGGAGUCCAGUGCAGGAGCACUCAUUAGGGGUUCAGGUCUCCACUUUUGUGAGAUUUUGGAAAAGACAAAGUUUAAGCCAUCUCUUAGGUGAGAGAGAGGGGAGUGAUGUAGCGGACUUGGCAAGUUUUGGUCAGUCUAGUGUGUGGUGGAAACAAUCUAGUGUUCUUCCACCUCUGUGGUCCUGUCAUCUGUGACGGGACUGAUACUGCCUAGGGCCUGCUUCUAGGCUCAGUCCCCCCCCCCCCAGUCUUCUUCCUUCCAUCUCCAACUGCAGGUUUCUAGACCACUGUCCCAUCUGCAGGGCUCCUGGAAGCCCAGAUCCCACGAGCCCGUGCUUUAAGACACAGGCCAUCUGUAUUUCUUGCUAUGGCCGCCUUCUCUGGGUGAGCCGGCUCAUCCCGAGGAGCUGUCCUUGGCUCCUCAGCCUUCCAGGUUCGCAGGGCUUUUCUGCUGCUGGGUGGGGAGUAGAGCAUCCACCAGGCUAAACCCUGGCUCUGCACAGCAGGCACUUGAAGAUCCCAGCCCAUUAGGUACACAUAGGUCUGUGGCACAGGACUGCUUGGUCCUGGGCCCCCAUUUCAGUGAAGCAGAUGACCAGAUUUCCAGCCAAGUGCUUUGUCUGCAUAGGCUCCUAUUCCCAAGCCAAAGUACAGAAGGGUGGGGCAGCCCUUGGGGCUGGUAUUGUA